AUGCCAACCCCUGGAAAUCUAAAAUCUGGAAACUCUCUCUUUUGCAUCAAUGAAUCAAUGAACACAAUGAAUCAGGGAACAGAGAAACGUAGGGAUACCAAACUAAAAUUAUCAACGCGGACAAUGGGAAUCCUGGUUUGUUUGGGAACUGAUUUUUUGUGGAAAUUCGACGGGGUCAGUGUAUAGGCGUUGAGACGUAUUUUGCGUAAACCGCUGACACUUCAACUGAAUUUACACAAUAAAUCAGGGAACAGAGAAACGUAAGGAUACCAAACUAAAAUUAUUAACGUGGACAACGGGAAUCGUGGUUUGUUUGGGAACUGAUUUUUUGUGGAAAUUCGACGGGGUGUAUAGGCGUUGAGACGACGCUGACACUUUGAAUUUACACAAUAAAUCAGGGAACAGAGAAACGUAGGGAUACCAAUCCAAAAUUAUUAACGUGGACAACGGGAAUCGUGGUUUGUUUGGGAACUGAAUUUCGACGGGGUGUAUAGGCGUUGAGACGUAUUUUGCGUAAAAUCUCAAACCGAAUUUACACAAUAAACAGGGAGAAACGUAGGGAUACCACGCUAAUUCAGGUACUUUACAAAUUGGAACCUUAUGCUAACUUCUUAGUUUCUUCCUAUCUCUACAGGUGAUGGUAACACGCUUUGGGAUUGCCAAGCAAACUCUAUUUUUUUCCGCUUUCUUUUUUAAAGAGAAGGAGGUCCACAUUACUCCGAUCUAAAAUUAUCAGAGCGGACAAUGGGAAUCCUGGUUUCUUUGGGAACUGAUUUUUUGUGGAAAUUCGACGGGGUGUAUAGGCGUUGAGACGUAUUUUGCGUAAACCGCUGACACUUCAACCGAAUUUACACAAUAAAUCAGGGAACAGAGAAACGUAGGGAUACCAAUCCAAAAUUAUUAACGUGGACAACGGGAAUCGUGGUUUGUUUGGAAACUGAUUUUUUGUGGAAAUUCGACGGGGUGUAUAGGCGUUGAGACGUAUUUUGCGUAAACCGCUGACACUUCAACCGAAUUUACACAAUAAAUCAGGGAACAGAGAAACGUAGGGAUACCAAACUAAAAUUAUCAACGCGGACAAUGGGAAUCCUGGUUUGUUUGGGAACUGAUUUUUUGUGGAAAUUCGACGGGGUGUAUAGGCGUUGAGACGUAUUUUGCGUAAACCGCUGACACUUCAACCGAAUUUACACAAUAAAUCAGGGAACAGAGAAACGUAGGGAUACCACGCUAAUUCGGGUACUUUUCAAAUUGGAACCUUAUGCUAACUUCUUAGUUUCUUCCUAUCUCUACAGGUGAUGGUAGCACGCUUUGGGAUUGCCAAGCAAACUCUAUCGACCAUGAUUCUAUUUUUUCCGCUUUCUUUUUUAAAGAGAAGAAGGUCCACAUUACUCCGGUCUAAAAUUAUCAGAGCGGACAAUGGGAAUCCUGGUUUCUUUGAGAACUGAUUUUUUGUGGAAAUUCGACGGGGUGUAUAGGCGUUGAGACGUAUUUUGCGUAAACCGCUGACACUUCAACCGAAUUUACACAAUAAAUCAGGGAACAGAGAAACGUAGGGAUACCAAACCAAAAUUAUUAACGUGGACAACGGGAAUCGUGGUUUGUUUGGGAACUGAUUUUUUGUGGAAAUUCGACGGGGUGUAUAGGCGUUGAGACGUAUUUUGCGUAAACCGCUGACACUUCAACCGAAUUUACACAAUAAAUCAGGGAACAGAGAAACGUAGGGAUACCAAUCCAAAAUUAUUAACGUGGACAACGGGAAUCGUGGUUUGUUUGGAAACUGAUUUUUUGUGGAAAUUCGACGGGGUGUAUAGGCGUUGAGACGUAUUUUGCGUAAACCGCUGACACUCAAACCGAAUUUACACAAUAAAUCAGGGAACAGAGAAACGUAAGGAUACCACUCCAAUUUCGGUACUUUUCAAAUUGGAAACUCAUACUGGAGAUAUAAUAACCAUACGAUACCCCUCUCAUUGAGAUUCUUUCCAACGCAAAAACUUAUUCUAACUUUGUAGUUUCUUUUUAUUUCUACAGGUGAUGGUUGAGCACAUUCUAUUCCCAGAUUUCUAGCCUUUUUCCUUCAUUGUCUCUAGUGUUGUUGUUUUAGAUCGGCUUUUAUUCAGUCUUUCCAGGUCAAAGGGAGGAUGUGCAUAAUUGGAGCUAAAACUAUUAGGUGGAGAUUUGGAAUCCUGAAUCCUGACUGACCACAGACGGCUGCUUUUGGUUGAACUGUUGUAUCUUCGAGUUUUAUAGUUUGGCUGGUAUGAGCAUAUUACAUAAUGAAUUCUUUUUUAGAUAGGUCUUCUAUAAUAUAUUCUAUCACGAUUUCCCUUAGCAACGGCUGGCUUUUUAUGAGAGGCCAUAUCUCAUCAAGAUGUUUUUUGGACUUCAACAACAUUCUAUGCCCAAAGACACUUCUUUUUAACGGAGAAACAACUUCACGUCAUACAUUUCUUUGUAGCGACUCGCAAUUUUUGCCCCGUGGCGAUCCCAUAAUCCUGUGCGCAAAACAUGCGUCUCCUAUUACUGAAAAAUGAUUCAUUUACAUCUGAUAAAUUGACGGAGAAUUUUAAAUUUCUUUUUCAUAAUUAACAGCUUAUCAGAGGAAGAGAACCUAGAGCCCCAAUAAAGUGUCGUGCCUUACAGAGAAGCGGAAAUGUGAAUUGUUGUUCUGGGAAAAAAAUAAUGGAUUGUAAGAACAGAGCACUGAAUGUUGAACUGAUUGAAAUGCUGCUGGCAUCUAUCUCCUCUUUAAAACCAUUUCAGCAGAUGUACGAUCAAGAUUAA